UGCUCUACACUCACACUCUAUUUCACCAAAAUUUCCUCUCAUUUUCUUUCUCAUUCAGCACAAAAGCAAAACGGCUGCAUGCAUUGGGUGAAAAGCUGAUCACAGCUUGAUAAGAGACAAGCCCGUGGACAUUCUGAAGAGAAGAGGCUGUCGAAGAACAGAUUGUUUAUCGCUGCUCGAGUGAAACUUCAGUGUUGAAACGCGCACGGUGGCAGAAACUUUCAUUGUCAAAACGUGCUGUCAAAGAUUCAGGCUCUAACAUGGAUGCGGCCAGGCCAGCAUUAAUUCAAACAUAUGGAUCCAGGACUGGAAAGCGUCGAAGGAGUGCUUCAUCGGCGAACAGUGGGGUUGAAGGAUCACCAUCUUUCAUAAAGAGACUGGAAAAUCCACAAGGAUCUAUUACGGGCACUGAUGAUUCAUUGAUAAAUGAUGCUAAAAAGCGCAUUGGUCGAUUCAUUUAUGAGAAUGGACUAGAUGUCAAUGCUGUCCAUUCGCCUAGCUUCCAGAGUAUGAUUUCUCUUUGCUCUGGACAGACGAAGAACCAGAUUCCUACCAGUCAGGAGUUGAGAGGUUGGAUCUUUAAGGAUGCAGUGAAAGAAAUGCGUGAAUAUGUGAAGAAGAUCAGAAAUUCUUGGGCUGAUACUGGUUGCAGCAUCUUACUAGAUGGAUGGACAGAUGCAAAGGGCCGUCAUCUGAUUAAUAUUUUAGUGGACUCUCCGAAAGGCACAGUUUAUCUUUGCUCGUUUGACAUUUCUGAUUGUAUUGGGAACAUGGAUGCCAUGCAGUCGUUCAUUGACAAAGUUCUCAUGGAGGUUGGGAUCAGCAGUGUUGUUCAAAUCAUUACUUACUCAACCUCAGCCUUCAUGAAGGAAGUCGGCAAGCAACUAAUGGAGAAAUACAGGCCGAUUUUUUGGACGGUGAGCUCAUCUUGCUGCAUAGAACUUAUGCUGGAGAAACUGACUGGUGUCAAUCUGAUCAAGGAGACACUGGAAAAGGCAAAAACCAUCACAAGGUUCAUACACAGCAAUCCCGAUGUUCUGAAACAUCUUCAAGAUCAGACGGAUGGAAACGGUUUACUUGUGGCGUCCAAGACAAGGUCAACGCAACCUUUCUCAACGCUCGAGAAUAUUGUUCUCGAGAAGGAGACCUUGAAGACAUUGUUUCUCUCUUCUGAUCCCAGGAGCUCAGCCUUAACUUCGACUGCAGAGGGGAAAAACGCUGCUGACAUAUUGGCAGAUCGGACGUUCUGGAAUGGGGCCACAACUGUUCUGAAGGCAGCUAUUCCGCUUGUGCGUGUCAUAGAUUGGAUGAACAUGGGAAACAAGGAACAAAUGGGAUAUAUAUAUGAAACAAUUGAUCAGGCCAAGGAAACGAUUAAAGAGGAAUUCAAGAAGAAGAAGUACCAGUACGCCCCAUUUUGGAAAGCAAUAGACGACGUCUGGAACGAGCUCCUCUACAGCCCUCUUCACUCUGCUGGUUACUUUCUGAACCCAAAUCUCUUCUAUUCCACCGACGUGUAUAUCGAUCCAGAAGUCGUCACCGGUCUCUUCUGCUGCAUCGUCCGCUCAAGCCAAGAUCUGCAUGUUCAAGAUCGUAUAACUGUCCAGUUGGAACAGUACCGAGUAGCCAAGGAUGCUUUCAGCAUAGGAUCUGCAGUUGAUAAGAGAUCAAAUAUCUCUCCAGCAAUUUGGUGGUCCAGGUACGGCGGACAAUGUCCUGAGCUACAGAAGCUAGCCAUUCGAAUUCUGAGCCAGACGUGCGAUGGUGCCUCAAAAUUUCAGCUCAAGAGGAGUCUGGCGGAGAUAUUGCUGACAAAGGGACGGAGCCAAGCAGAACAGAAACGGGCAACAGAUGUCGUUUUUCUUCGUUACAACAUGCAGCUACAGAACUUUGCUUCUGGUAAGACCGACUACAUCGCUUCCAAUGAGGUCAGCCCGAUGGAUGAUUGGGUAAUGAAUAAUGCAUCCCAGAACAGCGACACUACAUUGAUGGAAGUGGAUGGUGGGGAUACAAUUGAUUGAGGCGUCGGCAACAUGGU